AUGCCGCGUGAGCUUAUUACUAUACAAACAGGACAAUGCGGAAAUCAAAUCGGCUCACAGUUUUGGGAACAGCUAUGUCGUGAGCAUGGCAUAUCGAGGGAUGGUACAUUAGAAGAAUUUGCGACCGAGGGUCAAGCUGGUGAUCGCAAAGAUGUAUUCUUCUAUCAGGCUGAUGAUGAGCACUAUAUACCGAGAGCGAUCCUCGUGGAUUUGGAACCAAGGGUCAUCAACAAUAUCAUGACAGGACCAUACAAGUCCUUGUACAACCCAGAGAAUGUAUAUCGUAAUGAAGCUGGUGGUGGUGCAGGCAAUAAUUGGGCUCAAGGAUAUGCAGCUGGUGAAAAAGCGGCAGAUGAGUUGAUUGAAAUGGUCGACCGUGAAGCAGACGGAAGUGAAAGUCUUGAGGGGUUUUUCCUGUUACAUUCUAUAGCAGGUGGAACAGGUUCCGGAAUGGGAUCAUUCCUGCUGGAGCGUCUAAACGAUGCAUUUCCUAAAAAGCUGAUUCAGACAUACAGCGUUUUUCCAAACUCGGAAGAGACAUCCGAUGUGGUGGUUCAACCAUACAAUUCUGUGCUCACACUUAAGCGCCUUGUGAAUAAUGCGGACAGUGUAGUGGUGCUGGACAAUGCUGCACUAAGCCGCAUUGCAAGUGACCGAUUGCACUUGCAAAACCCGAGUUACCACCAAACGAAUCAACUCGUGAGCACAGUAAUGAGCACCUCUACCACAACGCUGCGGUACCCAGGGUAUAUGAACAAUGAUUUAUGUGGUAUUCUUGCCUCACUCAUACCCUCUCCGCGUGCCCAUUUCCUCAUGACGUCGUACACGCCCUUCACCUCAGAUAAUGUGGAUCGUGGAAAGGCUACCAUGAAAACGACUGUGCUUGAUGUCAUGCGCCGUCUUUUGCAGCCGAAAAACCGUAUGGUUAGCAUCACUGGUGCAAGCAAGACAAGCUGCUAUAUGUCUGUGCUGAAUAUUAUCCAAGGCGAUGUGGACCCUCGAGACGUGCAUAAGAGUCUUUUACGCAUUCGCGAACGGCACCUAGCUAGUUUUGUGCCCUGGGGUCCAGCAAGUAUUCAAGUGGCAUUGUCACGACGGAGCCCGUAUGUGGCCAGCUCUCAUCGUGUGAGUGGUCUUAUGUUGGCGAAUCAUACUGGUAUUGCAAGUAUGUUCAAGCGCACAGCAGAUCAAUAUGACAGGUUGCGCAAGCGAAAUGCAUUCUUGGACAUGUACAAGCGCGAAGCCAUGUUCUCUAGUGAUUUGUCUGAGUUUGACGAGGCGCGCGAAACAGUGACUGAACUCAUGAGCGAGUAUCGCGCCGCUGAGAAAGACGAUUAUAUAACAGGCGCCGCGGUGCCAUAA